UCUCUCUCUGUCACUAUGUGUCAGUAGUGACUCUGGUUCUAUAUUUAACCUGCAGGCUAUCUCUCUCUCUCUCUGUCUCUCUCUCUCUCUCUCUCUCUCUCUCUUUCUCACACACACCCGACAUAAACGAGGCCGCUGAGGGACGACGAGCAGGAUGGAGGAGGAGGCCCCAUCCCGGCACUCUGUGGCUGAACUCGCAGGAAGAUUCAAGGGCUCUGCUCCUCCACACGAUGCAGCUGGAAAUGAAACAGAUAAACCGGUCAGACGACGACCUCCUUGCUCCCUACAGCUCCCCAAGACACAUGGAGACGACCAGGAGCAGUCUUCAGGUGUCACCUCACCUCUACCUGCCAAAACUAAGAGGAACUCUGCUCUGAUUGAGAAGCUUCAGGCCUCCCUCUCUCUCUCCCCUUCAGGUCCUAUCCCCUCUCCAAAGAGCCCCGGCUUCAGGCUGCGGCCUCCCGCCUUCCCCCCAGCCUCCCCCAGCUCUGCCCCAGUCACCGCGGUAACCACCUCAUCCACAGUGACCCCCACCAGCCCUGUCACUGCCUCUCCGGUAACUGAAGAGGAAGGCCCCGCCUCCUUUGAAGACCCUCCCACGGUGGCGGAGGGGUCCAUCCUAUUGAGCAUGAACAAGAGCCGAGCUCGUCACUCCCUCCGGCGACGCCCUCCAUCCCGCCGCCACAGGAAGUCCAGCAGCGGAGACGAGGUCGGCGUCACCAAUGAUGUAGCAGACAAAACAACAGCAGGAGGAGGAGGAGGAGAGAAGGAGGAAGCAGGAGAAGUUUUCAAGAAGGAAGGAACAACUGACGAGAUGAAGGACGACAAAACCGACGCUUCAACGUGUCCUGGAGAAGAUCAGCACGAGACUGAGUCCAGAGAGGAGGACGAGAAGAGGAAGGAGGGAGAGAACGGACCCAUGGGAGGAGAGGAGGGAGACAGAUCUUCAUCAGGAGGAAAGGAGGAGGAGGAGGAACACUCUGGAGAAAACCAGGCGGAAGAUGUGAGUGAAGGAGCGACGAACACAGAGAGCAGAGAAGAAGAGAAGAGCGCGGUGAUUCCCACAUGAACAGCGUCAGUGAAACUCAACAUGUUUCAUAUUAAAAGCCCUCAAGAGGGCCUUCUGUUUCCUUUGGCUUUUAAUUUGAAACAUGGACAGAAUUGACCGAACAGAACACUGGACUUUUCCUUUUGUAAGAACUUAAUGUGACGUUUUUAAUUCUGAUGUUUUCUUUCUGUUUGGUGCCUUCACAGCUGUGACUGAUGAUGAUGAUGAUGAUGAUGAUGAUGAAGAU